UUUCAGGGGGAAAAAAUGUCAGCGACGCAUUUUCGAUGUCGCGGCCACAAUUCUUUGGCUUCGACACGCAUCUUCCAGUGGAGGAUUGGGGAAACGGAUACAUCGGCGGUACGCCGGAUGAUUUGGAGUACGACGCUUUGAACGACUCGGGGGAUUUGGUCCGGUUUGAGCAGAGGAAGGCGAGGUUGCAGCUGGAUCUGAGCGUGUGGAUGAUGCCAAGCAUGCCGAGAAAGCCGAGGCUGCAGCAUCUGGUGCCACGUCCGGCGAUGCAGCAGCUUCAUUCGCAGAGUUCGUUGAUGGCGACGAUGCAACAGCAGCAGCAACAGCACCAUCAGAGGAUAGGCGGGGGGACAAAUGGUUCGAUCUGAAUACGAACAAACAGACGGCGCAGCAUUCGAUGCCCCGCCGCCGGAAGUUCCCAACAGUUUCCCCAAUUUCUUCAUCUAGGGAUGGGAGAGCUACUCGAAUUCUAACCAGCAGCACAGGAGGAUCAGCAAAAUCAUCCACUGUUAUCAUUAUCGGCAGCAGGGUCAGAAUCGAAAUCCGCAGCAGCAAAAAACCGCAAAUUGCCAACACCAUCAUAGCAAGUGAAUCGCUCCGGGGAGUACGACGGGACAGCGGGACAACGAUGGCUGCUGGGGAUUUACAGCUUACUACAAACAACGAUUUCUUUUUUUG